AUGCCAAAGGGAAAGAAGAAGAAAAAAGAGGACGACAAAAAAAAAAAAAAAAAAAAAAAAAAAAAAGACCAUAUAGAGGAGGGGAAGGACAAAAAGACGCCCCACGUAGUAAAUCUAAUCCAGUUGUUCGCUACACAACCCGAUGGAAGUGAACAAAUUCAAGGAGGAAACUCCAAUGAAAUGCCAAUUAGUGAAGCAAGCAAUGGAAUAUCAACAAGCAUAAACAAACAUGCCGAUGCUUCAGAACACAUGUUAAAUGAUGGAAAGUCAGAUGAAAAAGGAAGUGCACAAAUGGGUAUGCAGAAAGAAGCAGAUAUAUUUAGCAACUUAGUUAACGAAGGAAAUAUAGAAGACUUUGGUAGGUUAGGGGAAGACGAACAGGGGGAGACAGAACAAAAUCUACUGAAGGGAAAUUCUCCCGAGGGGGAUAAUGAGGAAGAAGCGAGUGCCGCGGGUCAGGGGGAAAAUUCCUAUGAGGAGAAGAAGGAGGAGGAAGGUAAGCAGGGCGAAUUGGAUGACGAUGAAGUGGACGACGAGGUGGAUGAGAAAACGGAGCAGAUGAGUGAAUACGAACUACAAGAAGGAGAAAACGACGCACAACAAGACAUUAUAGUACAAGAAUUUAACCACUACAAAAUCGUCACAAACUCGAAUGAUAUCCUUAACGACAUUAGUGUUGACGCGUCAGACAUUUCGAAGCUGAGCAUUGAAAGCAUAAACAUACCUUACAGCGAACAGAACAAAACUUCCUUCACGCAUCAGAGGCAUAUAGUCCUAAAGAACAAGGGAAAUAAAAAAUAUAGAGUUGUUCUUAUGACGAAGAAUCCAAAGUUUAUCGAAUUGGAGGAUGAAACGAAUGAAAAAGAUGCGAAUAGUACAUUCAUUGAGAAGGAGAGGAUGGAAAAGGAAAAGACAUCCAACAAUCAGGGUGAAGAAGAUAAGGACCGAACGAAUUUGUACGGAGGAAUGGGAACACUCGAUUUUAGUAAGGCUUAUCGAGGCAACAGGAAGGGAAAGGGUGAACAGAUGGCAAAACCCAAUAUGGAGAUGCACACCAAUGAGGGGGGUGGCAUACGGGGAACGAUAAACAGACUGUUCAGCUUUUUAUCCUUCAAGGGGAAUCCAAAUGAAUCUGCCAAUGGGACAGAUGAAUCGAAGGACACUGACGGAAAGGAUGGGGAAAAAGAUGAAAAUGCUAACGGAGAAGAGGACCACCGUGACAAUAAUCGUGAUAGUAAUCGUGAGAGUGCCCCCCACGAUGACCGUACGCACGACUUGGGCGAAAUUUUAAGUGUCGAUAAGCUGGUGGACCAGUACCUCCUAAAUCUGAAAAACGACACCCCCGACAAGCAGGAGCUAAUAUUCGUCCUGAGAGGAGACUUGGAUUUGCAAUCAGCAUACAUGAAAAUGGUUAUCCAAAGAAGCAACACCAAAUUUGAGCAGGAGAUAAAGAAAAACUUUCAACAAGUCGAUAGAAUAGUUUAUGACGUCUCAUCGCCGAUCAACUUUCUGUGUUUUUUUGUUCCAACGGUUUUUGACAUGAGCAACUUUCACUUGUUGAAGGAGGCCCUGAUGGUGUUGCGUAGGGAGCUGGAGAGGUACAUGGAAAACUGGAGCUUCUCCAACACGUAUGUAACGUUGGACGCACCGCAAGUGGGAGGCGGGGUUGGCGUAUCUUCGGCGGAGGGGGGAAAUGAUGGUCAGAACAAUGCACACAAAGACAGUCAUGCCAACAACCACACAAGCAACAACACAGGCAACCACCACCAGAACAACACAGGGAACAACGCGGAUAAGCACGCGGAUGGCCACCCAUCCAAGAAGGGGGGGAAAUUCAUCAAGAAGAAAAAAAACCUCUACAAUGGUAGGUACUCCUUUCUACGCAAACUGUGGAGCUUAGACUCAAUCAUUGGAUUCGCUACAAGAAAGAACAAAUCAAGCAUGGAUAUAGAAAAUGAAAUUCUAAACUUCCUACCGAAGGAAUUGAGAGAGUAUUCUACGUGGAAUCUUUCCGUGAUCCGAGUAUUUAAUGCGUGGUUUCUAGCAGGGUAUGGGAACAAAAAUGUGAAGGUGUGUAUAAUAGACUCUGGGAUCGAUAAGAAUCACAUCGACCUAAUGAAAAAUGUUUACAUUCCGGAAUAUUCGGAUGAGUACAAAAUGACAGAAGAUUUUUACGACUUUAUGGUGAAGAACCCAACAGACUCAUCUGGACAUGGGACACAUGUCACAGGAAUUGUCGGUGGAGUCGCCAAUGGUUUAGGCAUGGUCGGUGUGGCCCCCAAUGUUACUUUAAUAUCGUUAAGGUUUAUAGACGGAGUGAAAUAUGGAGGAAGUUUCCACGCCAUUAAAGCCAUUAACGUUUGCAUUUUAAAUAAAGCCCCUAUUAUAAAUGCCAGUUGGGGAUCUAGUAAAUACGACGCCAAUAUUUACCUUGCUGUGCAAAGGUUGAAAUACACCUUCAACGGGAAGGGUACCGUAUUGGUUACUGCCGCCGGGAAUGAGAACAAGAACAAUGAUGAGCAUCCCUUGUACCCCUCCAGUUUUAAGUUGCCCCACGUGUACAGCGUCGCCUCCAUGAGCAAGAACUUUGCAAUUUCUCCCUUCUCAAACUACGGAGUGAACAGCGUGCACAUUAUGGCACCCGGUCACCACAUAUACUCCACCACGCCAAACAAUUCGUACAAAAUAAACACGGGCACGUCCAUGGCGGCCCCUCAUGUGUGUGGAGUGAAUGCCUUAAUAUACUCAGUGUGUUACAACCAAGGGUUCAUCCCUUCCGCAGAAGAAGUCUUAGAUAUAUUGACACGGACGUCUAUUAAGGUUAUCUCACGAAGGAGGAGAACAAUCACUGACAGUCUUGUAAAUGCAGAAGCAGCUGUGCUUACAACAUUGUUAGGAGGGUUGUGGAUGCAGAUGGAUUGCCAUUUUGUGAAGUUCAAUUUAGAAGGAGGAAAAAAAAAACACAUCCCUGUUGUGUUUUCAGCAUAUAAAAAAGGAAUAUACGAAACAGACAUAGUUAUAGCAGUCAUAUCUACGGAAGAAAAUUCCAAUGUGUAUGGGGAAAUUUUAAUACCCAUCCGAAUAGUGACUGAUCCGAAGGUGGAAAACUUUAAGGAGAGCCCACGAACUGGAAAAAAAAUGAUUCUCGAUGAGAAUGAAGCAAGUCAUGAUGAAGUGCUCUCCUACAUUUGUGAAAAUGCACUAUAUAAUUUGUACGAGAUGGACAGUAAUUUCCUUGUCAUCUCUUUAGUGCUAUUCUUUGUGGCGUUCAUUCUGAUCGUCGUGGGAACGGUGGUGCUUAUCAAGAGAAAGCGCCACAGCAAAUACUGCGAUGAUGAAGACCAUUACCACAAUAUCUUGAGGUGUAGUGUCCUCGAGCAACACCAUAUUUUAAACAAUAUCAAAAACAAGGAACACGAUGCAGCCAAACGUUCGCAUGUAGAAAGAAUAAGAAACAGCGUCCGAUUCAGUCUUGUGAUGGGGAAACAAAAUGCUUGUAUGUUCAAGGAGAGGGCAUCCCAAAGGAUAAAUUUCUAA